CUGCGAGGACACCACAAGCAGGCUCAGUGACCUUCCCGACUUCACAAAGGCACGUGGUCGUCUCUCAAUCCAACAGAGUUGAGGCACAACUUCUGCAAUCUGUAAAUUAAUUGUCUGCAUGGCCAAUGGGUGAGAUGUCUUGGCCUGCGAGUCUGUUGUCGAUACUCUGCUUCUGCAUGGUGGUGUGCAACAUGAGGUCAUCUCGACAGUACGCUAGGUGCUCGACACUCGUCCAGCAUAGCUCACUCACGGAUCCCAUCCUCUAUUGGUGGACAAGGUUUAUCACUGUCUGCACUUCAAGCCACGGCAACGCACUCGAACUGACCGUAAGACGUAUGCAACCAUACUUUGCAUACAGUAUGGUGCGCGGUAAGCGCCCAAUAUCCACUGCGUUGCGUUGCAGCAACUGCACAUAUGCCUGACCUCGCCUAUAUCCGUCGAGCGUCGAUGCAAACCGGACUUCAAUCG